UGAAGACCGAGUCAGCCCAUUCAGGUAUAGUUUGUUUCAGUUACAUGCUUUAUUCAGCUUUUACACACAACCAAAUUACUAUUACUUGGAUUUUUCUGUUGUAUUUUGGGACUCUGAAACUUUGGGACUCGAGAAAUGGUGAGAAAAGUUUUCUCCUGUUCUCUGUUGCUUUUAAAGCUUUCAUUUUAUUCUAAAUUGAACGUGUACAGUCAGAUGUGAGAUUGAGUUAAAAAAAAAAAAAAAAAAGAAUACAUGAAAGGAAAGGGGGGGAGGGGAAGAGGCAUAUGGUGGUUUAUUUCAUGGUGGAUUGUGCACUUGAUUAAUUUAUCUUUGAGCACAGGAUUCUCCUGGAUCAGCAAUGGGAAAAUUAUCACUAUUGUGGCUCAAAAAAGUAUUUUUUUUCCCCCCUCAGUGCACGCUUUGCUUUAAUGCAGCAAAACACCAAUUUAUAUGCUAAUGCAUUCCCAUUACUAAUGGAAUUCUAGAAACCAUGCUGGUUAUAGAAAUAGUGAAAUCACUGCACAACAAAACCUCAACUUUAAUUAAAAACUAUUAUUUAUAAGAUUGAAAGGCUUGGAAUUAUUGAUUACACAACUAAUUUUCUAAAAUGUUUCUCAUCUCGAGUUAAUGUAAAGCGAAGAAAAUGGGCAUCACAGAUAAACACACAAUCAUGGAAGAGCCUGCAAACUGGCCUACUGAGGUUCAUUUCCAUAAAACAAACCAUCGUAGAAUGAGAAGAAGUCAAUCUCCAUCCCGCGAGGUUUCUCCAGUACCGUCAUACUUCUCUGAACCGGUUUCAAUCCGAAAGCACAAGGAUGUAACCUGCAGACUGCCUCAUCUCAUUAAAGGAGCUCAUCAGGAUGAAGAUGAUGAUGAUGAUGAUGACAUUCAGAGUUUAAAAAGCCUGCCCACGCUGAUGAACACAUUAGCCUCUGACCCUAAGGUUAACAGGUCACACACAGUCCGCAAAGGACAAGGCAUCUCUGACUUGAGCCUUCCACUCCUCGUCACAUCCAAAUGUACUCUUCUGGUAAAAGGUACUGGAUAUACUCGUGCCGAGGGCUUUCUCCCUGCCAUCAAAUCCACGGUUCUGGAGAGGCCACCAUGCCGAGCUGGAUGCAGGCCAGACAAAGUGGAAAUGGGUUCAACUCAGCAUCCUCGUCCAGUCGGUCAUCCUCAGUAUACACCUCUCAGUGAGAGCCGUCGUCCUGAAAAGACAUGGAAUAUAAAAGCAAGCCGCCAGCACCUGCCUUCAUUCUCCUCUAACGAAGUGUCCCUAGGUCCCCGAAUCACAUUCCAUAGUCCAGUGGUACAGGGUGUCUACCCAAUCACUGCUGACUUGAUGAAAGAGAGCAGACACAAUGCACAGGCUUGCCAGCCUCUGAGGCCUGUGCUGAAGAAAGGACAGGUGCUGAACAGAGGCACUCUUCACUGCCUUUUAGAGGAAAGCUACCUCCCCUGCUCAAAUGAUCCACAUUUGCUCGAGCCAUUUUCAGGCUUUGAGGAGCACCUUUGUCAUCAGCUCCAUCACUCCCCUUUGCCCUGCCGUUCAGCUCUGCCACACGUCAACUCCCAUCACGUCUUCCAGCUAGAAACCAUGCUACCGGUACCCCAGGGGAUUUGCAGUUCCCUGAUGCAGCGCACUGUGGAGCUAUCCAACCCACAAGAGAAACAACUUCCCAGCAUCACCAUGACCCGUCCUACACCUUCCCCAAAACACCUACGCAACACUGAAAACAGGCAUGUAGCUUGAGUGCAAAUUUUGCCACUGGAAAAUUACGACCUCUUUUUUUCUCUGCCCAGUGCUUCAUACAGUCCCAUCUGAAAGUAUUGGAACGGCAAGGUCAAUUCUUUUGUUUUUGCUAUACACUAAAGGCAUCUGGGUUUGAGAUCAAAAGAUGAAUGAGACGAUAGAUUACAGUUCCAGCUUUCAUUUCCUGAUAUUUACAUGUAGAUGUGUUAAACAACUUGGAGCAUGGCAGCAUUGGUGGCAGACCGUGCAAUUUUUAAGUGAGCAAAAGUAUAGGAACAGCUAGUCUUAACGUAAAUAACACUUAAUAUUUGAUCGCAUAUUCCUUUCUUGCAAUAACUACAUCGUCGGCAACCCACUGACAUCUCCAAACUGUUGCGUUCUUCUUUCGUGAAGAAAACGACCCAUUUACAGGUAGUUGAUAGAAAUAGGGUGUAACAGAACAGAUAGCUAUUUAGCUAGCAUCUUAAUGUCACCCACUAGAUGCCAUCAUCAAAUUGUUAGAAAUUGUUCGCUCACUUUACACUGUAAGUCAUAUAAUUAGUUGAAUGGAGUCCACCUGUCAUUUCAUCUCAAUAUGCUGUUUCUGGAAGGUCCUAGAGUUUGUUAAUAAAAUAUCUAAAGUAACAGUAUCAUGAAGAUUAAGGUGCUAUCAAAAAAAAGUCUGGGACAAAGUUCUGGAAAAGUAUCAAUCGGGUUUCGGUUAUGAAAUGUAUCCCAACCUAUGAUGCUCCCAUGGAGGACCAUUACAUCCAUUAUUUAAAAAAAUGGAAAGAAUUUGGCAGUACCAUUGGUAGUUCAGUGGUUAAGGCAUUGCACUUCUGACCAGAUGAGGUCAUGAGUUCAAAUCCCAGCACCACCAAGCUUCCACUGUUUGGCCCUUGAGCAAGGCCCUUAACCAUCAACUGCUCAGUUGUGAAAAUGAGAUAUGUAAGUCCUUUUGGAUAAGGGCGUCUGCCAAAUGCCGUAAAUGUACCAUUUCUCUGCCUAUAGUGUCCACCAAAAGUCAGAGAUAGUUAUAUAAGGACCUUGGAGCAAACACUGCAGGCUGUAACAUUCCAAAAUAUGGAAAAGUUCAGUAGGGGUGGAUACUUAUGCCAGCCAUUGUACGUCAAUUUCAUUGUACAUCAUUUUCAUCAAACCAUUCAGUGGGCCACUGGGUCCCUGUGCCCACUCUCUGCUCUGCAUACAAUCUAGAAGAGCCACUAUUUCACUGGUAAAUAAUGCUGUCUUCUUUCUCAACAGUGGGCAUAAUUGCCCAUGGUUUUAUUUUACAAUUUCUCUUUUCUACAUUAGCUAUGUAGGGGAAGAUCUUGUAAAACAAAUAAAACAUAAUUAAGUGACUGAAUCCACAGUUGCAUUAAAACUGCUCAUACAAAUUCCACCUACUUGCCUGGUGCUACAAAGAGCCACGCGGGACAGUGUUUAAUCUACCUCUGGGAACUGAGACAGAAGUGACAAAUAUCAUUACAGCAGUGAAGAGCACUCAGCAGAGAGAGAACCAGCCUGGGAGAGAGAACACAAAGUUUCUGGCUCAGAACUCAGAGCUGUCACAUAAUUAUACAAUUCCUUCCAUUUUUAAUCCAGCCCCAGGGGAUCUUUCUGUAUGGGGCCAUGUCUGUAUUUCAGGCGGAUAGGGACAAGAUGCUUAGAGGGAACAUUUACAGUGGCAUGCAUAACUAACCCCCCUUUUCCCUACACCCUCCAACCCCCCCAUACCCCCUUGAACUUUUUUACAUCUUGUAGUGUUACAACCUGGUACUGAAAUAGAUUAAAUUCAGAUUAUAUAUCAUGCACAUACACAAAAUAUCCCAUAGUAUUAAAAUGGUGGGAAAAACCUGUGAAGUUUGCCAAGAGGUCAAGGCUAACGCUCAACAUAAUGCUACCAGCAGCAUGCUUCACUGUGGGAAUGGUGUUCUCAUUGUGAUGAGCAAUGUUGGAUUUCUGCCAAAUGUAACACUUUGUAUCAAGGACAAAAAAUUUUCAUUUUGGUCUCAUCAGACUUGAGCAUCAAGAGAGCAUUUUUCCACAGUUGCUUUGUCUCCUGUUUUUUCUGUCAAACUUCUAACAGAAUUUCACAUCCUCUCCUAUAAAGCUCGGGUUUGUGAGUUGUUUGGUAAACAGCUUUUCCCAUGUGAGUUGGGGAUCUCUACAGUUCCCAUGACCUCUUGCUUGCUAAUCCCACUUUACCCAGUCCCUGACUUUUGGUGGAUGUUAAUAAUGGAUUUAACGGUGUGCUGUUUGAUGUUCAAAGUGUAGGAUUUUUAUAUAUGACUAAUCCAUGAUAGAUGCUUUCCACAAUUUUGUCUUGAUAGCUUCUAGGUCUUCAUAAUGAUCUGAGCUGUCAUCAUUUUAGAAUCUUCAGCCCCAGGAGGUCCUUACGUAUCAGCCAUGUCUGUUUAGGAUGUGGAAGGGAGUCAAUAAGAGACAACAGGAUGUGUAGGAAGGGGAUCUAUUUUAUACCAUGACCUGCAUCUAUCAAGGCGUUGAGCAUUCAGGGCCUUCACCCAUUGCAGCGAAGAUUCUUUAUCAGUGUCACUAAAAAGACUGUAAUUAUUUUUCCUCUUCUUUCUCUGAGUAAAAUCAAUGUAGACUGCUGAGUCAGACACAAUGCCCCGUGAGAGGCUCUCAAUCAGGACCCUUUGUUCUAUUGAGUUCUGCAUACAGUGUAUAGUUGUUAACUACUUGUAAUACUUUCUGACCAAGGCUUUAUAAGGAGCCUAGUGCUAACUUUUAAACAAGCUGGUGUCUUGAGAAAAAUAGAAAUGCCAGUGAUGGCUAGUUUUAGAUAUGACUGCUUGUGCCUCUGGCGAGUAAAGCAAGACGUCCUACACAAGGAAGUGUGUUACCAAAGAAUCAUAAAAUGGGGUUUGAUGGUUUGUUUUGUUAGUUUACAUCUUGAAAAUAUGACAAUUUCUUGAACCAGUUCUAUUUUGUUUUUGACAUUUUGCUCUACGAGUAAAUAAAAAGUCGAAAAAAAUAUUUUUAUUCUGUUUACAUCUAACUGGACAUGAACAUAACUUUUGUGGUUUGACUCUGUCCACUGCAUUUGCAUUUCAAGUGCAGUUUCAACUUUUAUAUCCAUGUUUGGAGAUGCAUUUUAGCCUUUUCUAUAUAGUUUCCUCACUGUCCGAUUACUGUCAUGCUGCACAACAUACCCAACAAUGUGUUUAGUGGUCAAAUGUGUUAUAAAGGGAAAAAAAAGCAUUACUCUCAUCAA